CAGGGUGGGGAAUGUGCUUUGAUGACCCAUCACGUAAUUUGUUUGGAAUAUUUGGGUUUGGAAUAACUGGGAAAGUGUUUAAAUAUUGGGAUUACCUGGCUGCACAUUGCAUUCCCCUUUUGCAAUCUGACACUGCACUCUUGUAUCGAUAACACGUUAAAAUGCAUUUUUUUUCCCCCAGAUUUAUAUUAUUUUAUUAAUUUUAUUUUAAAAGUGAAGCGGGAUCAUAUAAUUUACUAGAAUAAUGUAUCUCAUCGACUGAGGUCCCAGGGGCAAGAUACAGCUAAACAAGAAGAGACAAGACAUCAUUAUUGUUGUUAACAGAGUUGCAGUAUGUGAAAGUAUUGACAGAGGAAGCAAGAUGAGUGGUGGUUUGGCACCAAGUAAAAGUACAAUUUACGUCUCCAACCUACCAUUUUCACUAACUAAUAAUGAUCUGCACAAGAUUUUUAUCAAGUAUGGAAAAGUUGUUAAGGUUACUAUUGUGAAGGAUAAAGACACCAGAAGAAGUAAAGGAGUGGCCUUUGUUCUUUUCCUGGACAGGGAAUCAGCCCACAAUUGUGCAAGAGCUCUUAACAACAAACAAUUGUUUGGCAGAACAGUAAGAGCAAGUAUUGCGGUUGACAACGGGAGAGCAGCUGAAUUUAUUAGAAGGCGCAAUUAUACCGACAAGUCCAAAUGUUAUGAAUGUGGAGAAUCUGGUCACUUAAGCUAUGCAUGCCCUAAAAACAUGCUUGGUGAAAGAGAACCACCCAAGAAGAAAGAAAAGAAAAAGAAGAAGAAAGUAGAAGAGACAGAAGAAGUUGAGGAUGAAGAAAGUGAAGAGGAAGGAGAAGACCCUGCUCUUGAUAGUCUCAGCCAAGCUAUUGCGUUCCAGCAAGCAAGAAUUGAAGAGGAUGAACAACGGCGCAAACAGAGAGAGGAUGCAAAUGGGGCUUCUACUUCCGAGGACUCCAGACGACCAAGAAUUAAAAAGAGUGCUUAUUUUAGUGAUGAAGAAGAACUGAGUGACUAAAAGCUGGUAUUUCACCCAUGCAAAUUUUGAAAGUGUAUUUACAUUUUAGCGAUUUUGUAAGUUUCCCUUUACCCAGAUUGGUUCAGUUAGGUACCUUGGACUCUCUUUGUUUUUUAUUACUCUUCUUAUUUAUUUUUUCAAAAUAAAUUUGUGUUCAGAUGAGAUUUGUCAUUUUACCAAUCCGGAUGUAAAAAAUAUAUUUUCACAUUUUAAUAAACUCCUUAAUCCUUUAUUUCCUUUCACAUUUCUGACCAGGGUAGUUUGAAAUUGAGAAUGUCUGUCUGUUUAGUUCUCAUCCACAUAAAACCCUCAGCUGUAAUGUAUCCUCUUUUGUCUCCAAAGCAACCUGUAAUUGCUUUUUCAGGCUUCAGUAUGUAGCUUUGUGUUGCCAUAUAUACUUCUAUUCAGUAGCUGGAUGUGCAAUUGCAGCAAGGGGCCAUUUCUGCUCUGAUUCCAUACACAAGGUAUACCAAGACCUGAAUUAACAGGUCACCAUUAAACAUUUGUGACUGCUUAAGACAUGUGGCUGUUUAUUCAACGUGCCUUAAUAUAUGCCAGGUAUUACUAUUAAGAACAGUAAGCACAGGUUGACUGUAGCUUUAAACAAGGAGAACAUGCAUGUUUCCCACCCAAAUUCAAAUUAUGUCAUAUUUCUUAAUAUAGGGGAGUAUUACACAAAGAUACUUCUCUGAUGGUCUGUUUUUUUUUUAUUGUAUUAAAACUUUUUAAAAUGGC